UCCAGUUUCACGUCAUCAUCUGGUCUGUACUCCAGCAACAACUCUGUGUCCAACCCAGCCAACUACACUGCUCCACAGCAGGACUAUCCAUCGUACACAACGUUUGGCCAAACCAGUACGCCCAGUAUUACUCCGCCUCCACUACGGAACCUACAUGACGUCCAAUAGCAUGGAUGGAACCGGCUCCUCGUCGGCCUAUCAGCUGCAAGACUCCAACCCCGUCAUGACAGUACAGGCCAAUGAGCUCCAACCAGAGGACACGGUGCAGAGCCCCAUGAAGGAACUGGAUGAUCGUAGCUGUCGGAGUGGGGAGGAGCUAAAGCCAGGGGGAGGCCGCAAGAACAACCCCCUCCGCCCCCUGACAGUGACCUGGAGAGGGUGUUUGUCUGGAUCUGGAUGAGACCAUCAUAGUGUUCCACUCUCUGUGACAGGCUCCUACGCUCAGAAAUAUGGCAAGG